AUGAAACGAGAAAGGAGCUCUUCAUCGGCUGUUGAGAAAGAGGAAAAAGGGUCAAAAUCAUCUCGUCGCGAGACUGAACCAUCACCAUCAUCCGGAGACGACAAAUUCUACAACGAAAAAAAAACUUUCUGCAAACUUUUCGAUUUUUAUUACAGGGUUUCUGUCUCGACGGAUUGUCUUGAUGAGAAAGUGCACAGUACAAAUGGCUCAAAAUCGGGAAAUCGCCUCAAAACAUUCGCGAAACAUUUGAUUGACGCUUUGACUGAAGGAAUGGGUGAACGUUUUGACGACAUCGGCAUUUAUUGCAAACAUUUUGGAGACAAGCAGAUUCUUGCCUCGAACUUUGAGUUCUUUAUUGCGUUUCGAGCAUCUACAGAUUGGUCAAACCCACUGACAACUGGCCCUAUUGGAAAUCUUCCCGAAGCGGCGACGUUUAGAGAAUUCUGGGGCGAGAAAUCCGAGUUAAGGAAAUUUGGCGACAACACGAUCAAAGAAGCGGUUUUGUGGGCAAAGAAUGGAAAUGAUGAUGUACCAAAUCAAAUUUUGACUUUCCUUCUUGACACAAAGUUCUCCAUUCUUCCAUCUUCGAUUGUUUCAUGUUGCCAUGUGAACUCGCUGUAUUUGCCACACAAGCCCACAUUUGAUAUCACUACUUCGGCUUUUGCACGAUUGAACGAAUACCUUCGUGGAUUAAAGGAUAUCCCAUUGAGAGUGACCACUGUUAUUGGAACAUCGCCAUUUUUGAGAGGAACUGAGCCAUUGGAGUCUUCUGUGAGAUUUACGGUGGAUUCGAGCAAAAUUGAUGACUCCUUGAGCAUCGCUCUUCCCAAUGAAAAAGAGGGGCCAUUUUGGACUCGAUCGAUUGAUGUAUUCAUCCGUCUUGAAUAUUCCUAUAAUUGGGGAAACGAUGUGGAGCUCAUUCGUCAAUUCAUCAUCGCUUUUUAUGUGCUUUUGUCGGAACAACUCAAAAAGCAGUGCGGUCUUCAUUGCCAUCCAACUACGGGAGCUCUUUAUGUGCAAGUGGAUAAAACGGCUUUUCGAAUUGUUAUUGUAAAUGAGAAAAUUUUGGCAAUUUUGGGCCAAAAGGUAGAGAAUAUGAAGAAUAGUGGAAUGGAGCGGGUCGACAAAUCAACAGAAAACAUUCGAUUGGCUCACUUUACCAAGAUUUACAAAACUGAGUUGGGUAUUAAGCAACGGUUGGGAGCGCUUUCACUGAAGUAUCGACACUUUGCAGCUGCGUGUCAACUGUUUAAGCAUUGGCUAGGUCGUCAAAUGCUUUCCGAAUAUCUACAUAAUUUGGCCAUCGAACUUUUAGUUGCUGCAGUUUUUGAGACAAAUUCAAUUCCAAGAUCAGCCGCUGCUGCUUUCUACAAAGUUCUCCUUCUUCUGACUACACAUGAUUGGCUAAAGAAACCGCUGAUUGUGGACCUUGAUGAAAAAUCGACUGAUGAAUCUCGGGCCAAAAUUGAAGCUGAUUUCGUUGCAACGCGUUUCGUUCUCCCUCCAAUGGUUAUCGCAACUCAAGAAGAUCCAAUAGGCACAAUGUGGACAACAGAAACACCAACGCCAACUUUGAUGCGACGUUUAAUUGCCGUUGCCUCACUCUCGUGUCAGUCAAUUGAAGAUUGUUUUACAAGCGAAACAACUGGGGAUUUGAAUCACCUUUUUCAACAGCAAGAGCUCCAAUUUGAUGCCAAGAUUAUGAUUCAUCCUAGCUUUCACGUUGACCGUCACAGAGUGAAGAUUAAGGGAUUACAGACCGAAUUCAAUCUACCGGUUCUCGAUUUUCAUCCAGUGGAACUAUUUGUGGAACGGUUACAAAAUGAUUUCCAAAAGGUGGCGCUAUUCUUUUAUGAUCGAUAUUCGGCGGGGGAGAUUGGCCUCAAAUGGAAUGAUCCAGUGAUGAAAAUGAAAGCAAAAAUUUAUAAAGCUUCUCUCUACAAACUCGACAGCGAUGAACAGGGUGAAAUGGUGGUGAACAAAGGAGAGAUUUAUGAAGAAAUCGGUUUAAUGGGAAAAGCAAUGGUUUCAACAAUCUUGGAAAAAGAUCUAGUUGUUUGGAGUGAUGAUUGUAUGUCGGAGCUACCAAGCGACACUAAACGCUCAUUAAUGACAACUCUAAAGACAAAUGUUUUAAACGAAAGCACGUCUAAGAAUUCUUCGAAGCGCAAGCGGAAUUUAAUUGAAAAACAAGAGCAAGAAAAUGUGCCGGUGGAAACUUCAUCAAAGAAUAUUCCUGGGAUGAAUGGAAAGAUGCUUGAAGAAACACCAAAGAAAGUCGUCAAUGGUUCUCAAAUGAAAACAGCCCUUCAAGAAUUUCUACGAGAUCCCACUGCGCCAAAGUUUAAUUCGCCAAAACAAAUGUUGAUCAUUGAUUCUACAAGUGGAUCCGAAGCUGAGGAAGAACAAGAAGAUGAUGAAGAAGAAAUAGAGGAAUCUAAAGCUCUGACUAAUGUCAGAUCAAACAAACAUCGGAAAAAGAAUCCCAGCAAAAAUGGUCAAUCGAAGAAAAUGAAAGUUUUGACUCCAAGCUAUCGCAAACAAACGGUCGCUUCAAAGUUGAAGAGAAAAAGUGCAAGCAGAGCAGCAAAGGCUGAACCUGUUGCCGACCCAAUUGCAUCAAAGAAAUCGACGAAGAAAGGGAAAAAUGGUCAAAAAAAGAGACAAAAGAUGGACGAUUUGACGGAAGCGAUGACCAGUGGAAUGCAGGUGGAUCCGAAUGCUCUCGGGACGCAUCCACGAUAUUCGAUGUUCAAAAAUACAGCCAAGGCAGCCGAGGCUCAAGCGAAUCGAAGGGCGGACGCAUUGGAUCGUCAACGGAAUGCGCGCAUCGAUCAUCACAAUAAAAUGCGGCAACUUGCGCAAGGUCCAUGGGAAGAAGAGGAUGAUGAAGAGACUACUGAAGCUACAGAAGAUCUUGAACUUGAUGAUGCAACGAAAGAGAGCUCGGAAUCGACAUCUCGAACACAACCUCGACAGAAGAGAAAUCCCUACGAAAAUCAAUUGAUGACGAGCGAGUGGUUGGUGGACAUUCCCGAUAAAGAGAUGAUGCAACAUGAAUGGAUAAUGGUACCAUGUCCAGUCGGUCGUCGAUGUCUAAUUGUUGCAAGUCAAGGAGUGACGACAGCUUAUGCAAAAAAUGGAAAACUCAUUUCACAAUUUGCCUCAGCUCUUCCGGGAGGACGUGGUAGCCAAAAGACGCAGGCUUACACGAUUCUCGACUGUAUUCUUGGAUCAGACAGAAAUGUUUACUGUUUGGAUUUGUUGUGUUGGAAAGGAGCUGCGUACACGGACAACGAUUUUGCGUUUCGACAAUUUUUCUUGAGAUCACGGAUUGAAGAACUCUCGUCGCCAAGGAACAAUGAGAAGAAAUUCAUCCUUUUGCCCAGUUGUUUAUGUGAGGUUUCUGCAAUGGAAACUUUUAUGCAACAAAAUUUUCCAUUUACACUCGAUGGUCUUCUCUUUUACUAUUCCGAGGUUCACUAUAUUGCCGGUCAAAAUCCUCUUGUCGGAUGGCUGAAACCGUUCAUGCUUCCGGAUGUACUAAAUGUGAAAGUCCCGUCAACUUAUCUCUUCUCAGCAAACGGGAAAUCAACAAAUGAGUUCAUCAAGGAGUUCAAUGACAAAAAUUGCUUCAAGUCAAAGAUUGAGGUGGAUGUCGAAUCAAUUGAAGAA